CAGCCACACACAGCGUUGGAACACACACACACACGGACAUCCGCGCGCGCACAAACACACUCUUUCACACAUCCACGCGCUCACAGGCGCUCAUGCACGCACACACACACACACACACGCACGCACACACACACACACACAUACACUCCGGACCAGGAAACAGCAGCCAGCCCCCUGUGCUCCGUGUCUGCUGGCGCGCGAGCUGCUCGGCUGGUCGCGUGCGCUUUUCUGCGUGUUUUUGUUUUUUUUUUGUUUUUGUUUUUUGUGUCUCGCGACCGGCGGAAGUGUGAGAUUAGUGAAGAUGCGGGUUUUGUAGUGAAGUGAGCUGCUGGUUUGGGCGCUCAGAGGGAAUCGAGGGAGUACUGGAACCAGGAUGGUAACUCAUUGUCUCUAACCAGCUCGGUGUUGAAGAAGGCCUACCUCUAAACAUCUCCAGACAUUUCUUACUGAAGUUGUGACAAAAACUGCUCCAGUCAUGUCAAAUAUAAACAAUGCGCUUUGCAUUGAGAGUGGACAGAACGCGGACGUUUCCCUUUUACAGAAGGACAGCCUCCAGGACGGUGGAUUAAACCAGCUUUUGGAUUAUAAUGCGGAAAUAGAGCGGUACAGGUCUUUUGCAAACUUUUACAAAACCAACGGCGCAUUCCCACAGACUGCCAAAAUCGCCCGGAUCACGACGCCUAUCUUCCCCAGCGCCCGGAUCGGUGUGUCCCCAUGGAACUGUGACAACGCCAUGCUAUGGGGGAGGAAAUCGGCCGCAAUAAACCCCAACAGGACCGGUGUGCAUCGGAACGAAUCCCCGAGGCCGGGGAAGCCGGAGACGCUGCAAAUGGCAAAUAAUAAUUUCCUCUCUACCUUAUCCCCGGAACACUGCCGGCCUUUAGCGGGGGAAUGCAUGAACAAGCUGAAAUGCGGCGCCGCCGAAGCAGAGAUAAUGAAUCUCCCUGAACGCGUCGGGACUUUUUCCGCCAUCCCGGCUCUAGGGGGCAUCUCAUUACCUCCCGGGGUCAUCGUCAUGACAGCCCUUCACUCCCCCGCUGCCUCCGCCGCCGUUACAGACAGUGCGUUUCAAAUUGCCAAUCUGGCAGACUGCCCGCAGAAUAAUUCCUCCUCCUCCGCGUCCGCUGGGAACCCAGCCAAGAAGAAGAGGAAAAGGUGUGGGGUAUGCGCCCCCUGCAGGAGGCUCAUCAACUGCGGCGUCUGCAGCAGCUGUCGGAACCGCAAGACCGGACACCAAAUCUGCAAAUUCCGCAAAUGUGAGGAGCUCAAGAAAAAGCCUGGAUCGUCACUGGAGAGGACGCCGGUGAGCAAUGGGGAAGCAUUCCGGUGGUUCUUUUAGGCCCAAAACCAGGAGACACCAGGCCAUCUUCUGACUCUCUGCUAAAACUCCUGUGGGGCUCCCAGAACAUGAAACCAAAGCCCGGUAGUGGGAGUAAGAGAGAGAAGUUGAGAGAGAGAGACGAAGGGAAAAGAUAAACGACUAAAUGGUGUUGGUUUAACUCUGUAAUUUCUUUUCCUGUGUAAUUAUUGUACCUUUCGACAGUAUCAUAAUGUAUAUUUUUCGGUGUCUAUGAAUGUGUUUCAGUGUCGUGGCUGUGCCAGUUACAGCCGUUCUUAUGUAACGGACUCAGUAGACAAUCAUUACCACCUGGAAUAAAUAAACAAUACCAAUGGAGGCCAGCGAGGCGGCACCCAGCCCCAACACCACCACACGGAGCUUUUAGACCUGCAGCAAUAAUCGGGAAGGUGAUUAUGCCUCGUUUUGCUCCAUGAAGUUCCUUUUUUGAGUGAUUUUAUCUGACUGCAAAGUCCAUCAGCCUCCACUUCCUCCGAUUUUCAGAUUGGAUGCAGUAAAAAAAAAACAGCCAUCACUACAAGCAUGGAGUAUUCACCAUUUUCCCCAGAAUUUCUUAAUUUAUGCACCAUAGUACGCUUAGACUUCUCUGUUAUUUUUUCCAGGCUGUUUGGAUUUUGGGUUUCAUGAUAAAAGGAAGAACAUUUUGUCUUACAUGUUCCUUUUUUUUCCUUUUUAUUCUUUCUUUUUUAUUUUUGUAAUGUAAUAUUCUGAUUUACACUGGUUCAGUACUAAUGACCAUUUAACUGGGAAUUUCACCGAUUUUAUUACAUUUCCGCAACGUUAAUGUGUUAAGAUGUAAACAAAACAAAAGAUGUAAACAUUGAGUGGUUUGAUGUGAAAUUCAAGAGAAGCGGAGUUUGAUGCCCUCACAGAAAGUCAUUAGGAGAGACGGUUACCCAUUCAGGGUGAAGAGGUACAUGCAGCGCAUAGUGUUAUAUAGCAAAACACUUGAUCAGUGAAAUCUCCCUUCAAAGAUCAUUUGUACUGCUUAUUUUCUUAUUUUUGUCUUUUUUUUUUCCAACAAAAGCUGUCUUAAGGUAAAUAGAGGUACCAGUAAAGAAAUUCUAGUUAACAGUAAAACAUCUGAAUUCAGCGUUUUAAAGCGUAAAGUGUCUGGGAAAGUCUGACGGACAGGAGAAAUGAACGCCUAGAGUAAAUCUGCAUUAGUCUGUUACAGUAAGAGCAGAUUGACACAUUCCAACCUGGAGAAUCCGAUAAUUGCUCACAGUCAUAAGCCCUAAUGUUGCAUGUGUACAUGUGUUUUUGGUUUUAAAGAUUACUGAGAAUUUGUAUAUUGUUGUUGUGAUGCUUUUAUGUGUUCAAAUUAAAAAAGACAAAAAAGUGUGCAAAAAAAAUUUGAUGUCAUCGAAUAAUGGAAUAAUUUUUAUUAUUCUCACUUGUAAAAUUAAACAUU